AUGGCAACGCUGUCGCUUGGAUCUCGUGGCCGCGUGAUUCUCGCAUCGCGAGAUAAAAAACAACAACAAACAUUCACGCGUCAACUGAGCCGACACCUCACCCAUCCCGCAACUCUCCCUCUGGACACUACUCCCAUCUCGCCCCUUUCCUUCCAGAUUAACAGCCAACCUCGCGACUCUGCCACCAGACCCACCGCCAACCUCGACCCUCUCCCUUCAGACCCACUGCCAAUCUCGCCACUCUCCCUUCAGACCCACCGCCAACCUCGACCCUCUCCCUCCAGACCCCACCCACCCACCUCUCCAUUCAGACCCACCGCCAACCUCGCCACUCUCCCUCCAGACCCGCCGCCAACAUCAAUCCUGUCUCUCCAGACCCACCACCAACCUAGCCACUCUCCCUCUAGACCCACCGCCAACCUCAACCCUCUCCCUCCAGACCCACCGCCAACCUCGACCCUCUCCCUACAGUCCCACUACCAACCUCGCCACUCUCCCUCCAGACCCACCCCCAACCUCGCCAUUCUCCCUCCAAACCCAUCGCCAACCUCACCACUCUCCCUCUAG